CAGUAAUCGUUGUUUUAGGGAUUUCCAUAUUAAGAGUAUAUCAACCGUAACUUAUUUAUACAGCAAAUAAAACAUGAGCGUUGGCCGAAUAUAAUAAUAUAAUAUUUUUUGACAUCAUUUUCAAAAAGAUUUUAAAGGCGACGGAAAGGCAAGAUUUUGGUAAAGACGAGAUGGAACUGCGAACACCAAAGAGCAACCAAACAUUCACUGCUCACUUAGAAAUCAAUGUGAACAAUGUCCCAAAAAAACAAAACGAAGAAAUCCAUGCAGCUAUUAUCGGUACCGGCAAUUACGCCCGAGCGCUGGCUAGCCAGUUUCAGCAAGCAGGGCUAAAUAUUUUAAUUGGCAGUCGUAACCCUAAUCAAUUAAAAAUCGAAGGAGUUGAACUUGUUACUUAUGAAGAGGCUGUACGUAGAUGUGGUAUCGUGUUCUUCUGUGUCCCUGCACAUGCGUUUAAUAACGUCGCUACUGCGUUGAAAUCUUUGUUGGUUGGCAAAGCAGUCGUCGAUGUAAGUAACUUGGAAAACCAAGAUGACGCAUCGAAUGCAAUGCAUCUUCAAUCACUUUUGCCUUCAUCUGUGGUUGUCAAAGCGUUGAACACCGUGUCCGCAUACACAUUGGAAAACGGGGCAUAUGGUGCAAGCCGGGAUACGUACGUAUGUGGUGAUGACGAGGAAAGAAAAAGACAAGUCGUGCAACUACUGAGAGAAAUCGGAUUAAACCCGAUUGAUCGGGGUGGCAUCCGAUCUGCUGUCAUCAUAGAAAAGUUACCAUUCCGUUUUUUCAACGGAUGGGGCGUGGCUGUAGCAAUCACUUUUCUGACACUCGUUCCCAUUCUUCUAUACACAUAUCUCCGUUUCUUUUGGUAUGAAGAUCAAAGUAAAAGAACCGACGAAGAUCUCGCUCUAUAUGUUGCCAAUCGUACCAUAGGAUGGCUCAUGUUUUGGCUUCUUGGUUUAACCUACCUACCUGGAAUAUUAGCAGGAUUUAUACAACUCGCAUUGAGAACUAAAUACACUCGAUUUCCAAGGUGGUUGGAUCGAUGGUUAAAGUGUCGAAAACAAUUAGGCUUGAUAUGUUUGUUAUUGGCUUCCAUACAUGGUUGUAUGUCGUGCUUGGUGUUGGGAGCAGGCGAAGCAAAACAUAUGUCAACUAUUACAGUCAUCAACAAAAACGUCAUUCUUUAUCAACUGCUGGACACGAAAGCGCAAGUAAGCCUGCUUUUUGCUGUUUUAGCAUUGGCUUUAAUGGGAAUCCUAGGUGUGACGUCAUUGCCAUCUGUCAACGCGCGUAUGAGCUGGCGAGAAUGGGACUUCGUGCAGAGAGGGCUGGGGUUCACAAGUCUUGUUUUUGGCUUUCUCCAUGUGAUGAUUUAUGUACAUAAGUUGUGGGAUCCGGACUAUAAAUAUGGAUGGGAAUCGUGGAAAAGAGAGAAAGGAAUUUUCCCACCUGGUGCUUUUGUGAUGCCAAUGUUUCCCCUGUUAGUUAUCAUACUAAAAUUCAUUCUGAUGCUACCUGGUUUGUCUUGUUACCUGAAUAAGAUUCGAAAGGGGAAAAUUGGUUACAGAUAUGAAAAGAAAACGACAAUUUAAUAUGGAUAAUUUUGCACAAACUAAUUUUCAUUUAAACUUUGUCCACGUAAAAGUAUUUUUACAUAACAUAACAUGCGAUUUGUUUAAAACAAUGAUGCCAGUAUGAAUGGCGCCUCAUAUUUUUGUAUCUAUGUAAUUAUUAUCUCACGAAAAAAAAAUGAUUGUAAUCAUAGUAGUUAAUUUCAAAUAUUUCAACUUAAUUUCAAA